GCCGUCGCAGCUGAGUAAUCCCAGGAAACUUCCAGCGCCUCCUCCUCCGCCUAGGUCCCGACCGGAACUCCACUAUCUCGGCCGGAGAGAUGCCGACAAUGUCACGUGCUGUAUCACGCAAAAGUUCUUUGGUCUCGGUCUUAGCGCCUCCACCUGGAACGGAUACAUUAGCAAUGGCCAGGUCCCUUCCUGCUGAUACGCCGCUGCUUGCCGAAGCGCAUUGAGAGAACCCCGCCAUCCGGAGCAGUUGUGGGCAGGUGCAUGUAGAGGUACUCUCGGUGCAGCAGAAUUCUGGUCAGCUCUUUUGCGCCCGAUGUAGAAGGUCCAGUCCGGCGUCAUGCCCCGCACCUCGUUGUUUAGAGGCCUUGCCCUCCCUCAGACUGCUCGAAAGUUUGUUCCUACAACUCCCAAAUCUCUCCCGUGUUGGCAGACCAUCUCACAAUCUCGCCGUCACUACCUUACUCCAGCUAUAAAAGCACACCAAGCUCGAAAGACCAAGAUGGCUCCUCAACUCGACGGCUACUUCAAGCAGGUCGAUGCCGACACCGACCACUUCAUCGAUCGCCUCCGGAAGGCUGUUGCGAUUCCCUCCAUCUCAGCUGAUGUUGAGCGUCGUCCCGAUGUCGUCAAGAUGGGCGAGUGGCUCGCUGCUGAGCUGAAGUCCCUCGGUGCCUCAGUCGAGCUUCGCGAGCUCGGCGAGCAGCCUGACAAGCCUGGCUUGCAGCUGCCUCCCGUCGUGUUGGGAAGAUAUGGAAGCGACAAGAACAAGAGAACUAUUCUGGUCUAUGGCCACUACGACGUCCAGCCCGCCGAGAAGACUGAUGGCUGGGCGACCGAGCCUUUUGAGCUCUCCGUUGACGACAAGGGCAGAAUGUUCGGCCGUGGCUCCACGGACGACAAGGGACCCGUUCUCGGCUGGUUGAACGCCAUCGAGGCUCACCAGAAGGCUGGCAUCGACUUCCCCGUCAACCUCCUCAUGUGCUUCGAGGGUAUGGAGGAGUACGGUUCCGAGGGUCUUGACGACCUUAUUAAUGCCGAGGCCAAGAAGUUCUUCGCUGACGCCGAUGCUGUCUGCAUUUCUGACAACUACUGGCUCGGAACUGAGAAGCCCUGCCUUACCUAUGGUCUCCGUGGCUGCAAUUACUACUCUGUCGAGAUCAAGGGCCCUGGCGCUGAUUUGCACAGCGGUGUCUUUGGCGGCACUGCUCAGGAACCCAUGACUGACCUGGUCCGCGUUCUCGGCUCUUUGGUCGACACUGACGGCAAGUUCCAGAUUCCUGGCAUCAUGGAGCAGGUCGCCCCCGUUACCAAGGAUGAGGAGACUCUGUAUGAUGGCAUUGCCUUCACUAUGGAGACUCUCCACGAGUCUCUUGGCAGCAAGACUACUAUCUACGAAGACAAGAAGUCCACCCUCAUGGGAAGAUGGCGCUACCCCUCCCUCUCCGUCCACGGUGUUGAGGGUGCCUUCUCUGCCCCUGGCGCGAAGACUGUUAUCCCGGCCAAGGUCACUGGCAAGUUCUCCAUCCGCACCGUGCCCAACAUGGAAGAGGAGGCGACCAACGAGGCCGUCUACAAGUACGUCAACGAGCAAUUCGCAAAGCUCAAGAGCAAGAACACCAUGAAGGUUUGGGCUCAGCACACCGGCAAGUGGUGGGUUGCGUCGCCCAAGCACUGGAACUUCUCGGCUGCCGCCAAGGCUACCGAGCGCGUCUGGGGCGUGCAGCCUGACUUCACCCGUGAGGGUGGAAGUAUCCCCGUCACCUUGACCUUUGAGCAGGCCACCGGCAAGAACGUUCUUCUUCUGCCCAUGGGUAGCUCCACUGACGGUGCUCACUCCAUCAACGAGAAGCUGGACAAGCGCAACUACAUCGAGGGCAUUAAGCUCCUUGGCGCUUACCUGCACUACGUCGCAGAGGAGCCCAUCGCAUAAAUCGACCGUGGAUUUAGUGAGGUCACUACGCCGGAGGGCAACUAGGAACCGCUAUAUCUGUCAUGGCAUGCAAUGGGGCGGUCGCCUUACCACGUUGCCAUAGCGAGUUGAGUUCGGCUUACAGGCCGACUGCUGACGGCAUAUCAUGCAUGCCGAGAGCGCUGCAAUGGGCCGUUGGCCAGAUGGGGAUCAACGGACAAGAAGCUCCUGAUUUUCACUGCAAGGUUCAGAUCACAAGUCACGUAAUUCAAAUACCCAAACAAAUUCAUAUUAAACCGUGCUCAAUUUCGUCGUUUCUAAAGUGGGGUAUUAGUGCGUAAAGGGUCAGUCAUGAUCGUUCGUCCAUCGUGGUAUGUACUUCAUGUUCCAGGUAUCCAAGCAAAACGCCGGUGAGAGGACAAAGCCCACAUGGCUUGGGAUAUCUCGUGCGUAUAAGUGGUAGGAGAAAAGGGGGGGUAUCAGCAGCUUUCAACAAAAGCUCUACUACUUCUUUCGCGCCGUCGCCACUCUGCGGCUCCGUCUCUUUGCCACAACCUCCGGGUCCCAGUUUCCCGAGAACAUAUCCUCGAGGUCGUCCUCGUCCUCGGAAUCAAACACAAUUUCGACCUCGCUGUCUGAGGCGUCCUUGCGAGCGCUCUGGGCGGCACUGUCGUCGCCGCCGCCAUCGUCGCCGUUCCGGUCCACAACAUCCUCGUCUUUGCUACCUACUCCGCCGGCCGGCCCAGCCACGGAAUCGUCAUCCUCUGAUGCAUCGCAUUCCUCAUCAUCAGAAUACCCUUCCUCCGGGACAUCGACGACAUCCUCCCAGCUACGGAACGGCACCACGCGCUCGACCUCGAGGAUGAACUUGCCGACCUUGUACUUUUGGCUGAGCUCCUUGGCGUCGACGUACUUCCAGCCGAGCUUCGCGCUGCAGAGGACGCAGGUGAUGUCCGCGACGACGUGCCAGCCCGUGACGAGCUGGCGGUUCUCGCAUUUUCCUAUGCGGACGUUGGCGAGGCUUCCCUUGUUCUUGGUGUUGUUUGCGCCGCCGCUUGCGCUCUGGGUGGUGGCGGUGGUGGUGGCGUUUGGGAUGACGGUCGGCGCGAUGAGGUAGGCGCGGCCGUAGCGGCCUGUGAAGCCUUUGCUUACGAUUUGGGAGGCGAAGGCAAUGUCGCAGGAGCAGGUUGAGCAGCGGAGGGUGUCUGGGUGGGUGCGCGCCAGGGAGGUUGUUUUGUUGUUUCUGUUGCUCUUGUUGGUGGUGGUACUUGUGGAUGUGGACUUUGGCUUGGAGAGGAGAUCUGGUAUGCUAGCUGUUGCGGUCAUGGUGGUGGCAUCUUGGUAGGUCGGCGGCGGGGGGCUAUUCGGCGGGGUCGCGGUCUCGUCUGUCGUUGAGGAGGUCGGCGAGGAGCUUAGGGAGGGGACUUGGCUUGCGUCCGGGGUUGAGUCCGGGGAGGUUGAAGCUGUUUCUGUUUCUGUUUCUGCUGCUUCUGAUGCGGACGAGGUCCGGCGCGGGGCGCGGCGGCGGAAGGGGACGAUGUUGAAGUUUGGGAGGAGGUAGGUUGGGAAUGUGGGACGGGAGACGACGAUGUUGGGCGCCAUCGCGAGGGUCUUGGGGUUUCUUGGACGAGAAGAGAAAGGUAGGUAGUGCGCCGCGUUCUCGGAAGCCCUGGCCCCGAAGACGUGGUUUCCUUGGGGUUUCUUUGUUUCGUUUGUAUAUUUUGGACUACGGCUUGUUGGAGUUGUAGAUGAGGGCGGCGCCGGUGGUGGAGUUUUCUACCAUGGUAUUCCGGCGAGGGUUCCGAGGGAGAGGAUGGAUGGUCUUCUCUGGAUGUUUAGGGUGAGGAGAGCAUGGCUUUGUCUUUGGGAGGGACGACGACGAUAGCAAGCGUUUAAGGAGUUUCUACCGCCUAUCUCUUGACUUGUUCACGAGUUUGGAUCCUUUGCGACUGAGACGGGGUCCUCGGGAGGUCAUGGAAUCAUGUAUAAGGCAAGGCGGGCAAGCAGGAAUGAAGGGUCGGAGGCGAUUUGGGGUAGGUAAGGUAGGUAGUUAGGUAGAUCAGAGCCCGGCGCAGGGGCGCAAGUUCGACAGGGAGGGGAAAAUGUGAGUGACUGACUUAUGGCACGAGACAGUGAGAUGGAGGGGUAGAGGAUUUUCGGGCUGGACUUUUUCUUUUUUGGCCUGG